UGUCAAAAUAGUGAUCAGCUGUUUACAGUAUUAACCUAAAAGCCGCUAAUUUAUUGAAAUAUAGAUUUAAAAAUGCGAUUAAUAUCACAAAUAUUUCAGCCAGUUGUGACAAUACCGAAAGGCGCUAAAAUUAAAAAUACUGAAAUAACUUGUAAAAGUCAAAAACUUCUUCUAGAAUGUGGCUUGGUUCGGCCUACCAGUGCUGGUCUUUUCACGCUUCUCCCCCUUGCAAGACGAGCUGUCACCAAGAUUGAAAAUAUAAUUCAUCGCUGCUUAGAAGAAGUUGGAGCUCAGAGGAUCACACUGCCUUGCCUAACAUCAGCUAAAUUAUGGGCAGCAAGUGGUCGACUUGAUGAUGUUGGUCCAGAGCUCAUAAAAGUCGAGGACCGACAUGGAAAGAAGUUUCUCUUAGCACCGACUCACGAGGAAGCCAUAGCCGACCUUCUUGCUGAUGUCGGUCCGAUAUCCUACAAACAGUUACCAUUCACAUUGUAUCAGAUAGGCAAUAAAUACAGAGAUGAACAACGUCCAAAGCACGGGUUACUACGGGCGAGAGAAUUCAGCAUGAUGGACGCGUACAGCGUACACGCCUCCCACUCCUGCGCAGCCGACACGUACAGCGCGCUCACACGAGCGUACACUAAGAUAUUCCGGACGUUAGACUUGCCUGUGUUAAGAGUACAAGCUCCCACCGGGGAAAUGGGGGGGACAUUAUCACACGAAUGGCAGCUCCCAUCUUCAGCCGGCGAAGAUACUGUCGCUGUAUGUCCGUCCUGCUCGCACACGACGCUCGCUAACGAAACUGAAGAGUGUGCCAAGUGUGGGAAAGAGAUAGAACGAGUUAAUAGUAUAGAAGUAGGUCACACAUUUGUCCUGGGCACGAGAUACAGUGAGCCGUUGCAAGUGAACUGUGUGGGUCCAGACUCGUCCGCCCCCCUGCACAUGGGCUGCUACGGUAUCGGCAUUACACGAUUGCUGGCGGCCAUUUUGGAGGUACUCUCGAGUGAUAAAUCAAUGAGAUGGCCGAUAGAGGUCGCACCGUACAGCGCUGUUGUUAUCGGUCCUAAGGAAGGUUCCAAAGAAUGGUUGAAGCAUGACUUCGAUAGAGUACUAGGUGUCGCGCAACGGAUACACGAGAACGGAUACCGUGGUGAUGUACUGGUGGACGACCGCCACGGGCUCACCAUCGGGAAACGGCUGAUGAUGGCAGACAGAAUCGGUUACCCAUUCAUCAUAGUGUGCGGCAAGUCCGCUUUAGAGACUCCGCCGCGCUACGAACUGUAUCGAAGCACCGGGGGCGAAGCGCCCACACCACAACUAUUAACAAUCGACGAACUAUUAACGGUUAUGAACGAAAGAAAAAAUAAUAUUAAUAUAGAGUACAGAGAAAAUGUAGUUGUGUGAAAAGAAAUUAUAUUAUAACGCCA